CGCCCCACAACCAUAGAUCACGUGACAUCCAUCCAUAUUGGUGAGUGAAAAAUCACAAUGGCCCAUCUACACCCAUUGAUUGGUUUUGAUACAGACAUAGCAUAGGCCCAUUCACGCCCAUAGAUCCAGGGAAACAAGAACUCGCAUCCACAACAUCACAUCCCCGUUUGAACUGGCUUAAAACCUGCAAAUCCGACCAUUUUUCACCAGAUGUUGAGACAAUCAAUCCGUACCUUGGCUACCGAAGCGUCUGCCGGUGCUUUCAAGAUCGCACAACCUCCAAAGUACACCCUUGCAUCAUUAAGAACGUUUCCAUCGUUGGAGCCCCAGAGCUUCGUGCCUUUGCCUGCCACCUUCUUGGAUGCCCCUUUGAGAAGAGACUUCUUGUGGAGUGCCGUGGUGUAUGAAGCCGACAAGGCUCGUGUUGGAUCCGGAAACGUGCCCACCAAGGGUGACAAGCCAUUCUCCAACCGUAAGUUGCAUCCCCAAAAGGGUACUGGUCGUGCUAGAGUUGGUGAUGCCAACUCUCCAAUUAGAGACAAUGGCAUCAAGGCCCACGGUAUCAAGGCAGGCCACGACUGGUCCACCGAGUUGCCAUCCAAGAUCUACAGCCGUGGUUUCCAAACUGCGCUCUCAGAGCAGUACCGCAACGGGAAGCUUUUCAUCAUUGGCGGAGACAAAGUCCCAGAAUACGACCAAUCGAUAUUGGAUUUCAAGUACUCCAACGGAGAAACUACCAGACAAUUUGUGGACGCACAUGACCUCGAUCGUUUGUCGCUUCUCUUCAUUACCGAUGCACAAAGAGACAACUUGUUGGAGUCUACUGAGGUGAUUGGCAAGAAGGCCGACGUUUUGGUGAAGGAGGCCGUGGAGGUGAGAGACAUCUUGAAAGCUAACCGUGUGUAUAUAGAAUUGCCAGCAUUGCAGUGGCUUAUCAGCAAGUAUAGUGUUUAAUGUAUAUAGUAAUACUUGAUGAGAAUUAGUAGGAGA